AUGAAAAUCUCAAUCGUUUUUAUCUUCAUCUACGUCAUCGCUUCAUCCUGGUGUCAAGAUGAAACAGUUUUUCACUGCUCUCCCAAGCCUGGUUGUCAGAUUGCACAGUGUGAUCCGGUUGCUGUAGGAUGGGACAGACCAGGCUUCAACAUUGAUGAACAUCUGCAUUAUAAGGAGUUUCCGAUUACGUGCAAAUCUAUGAAUAACACGAAAUCAAAAAAUACUGGCAACUUGCUUCCUGUCGUAUCUCGAAAUAUUUUAGGUAUAAGAAAUAUCAAAUCAGAAUUAGAGGAAUUAAAAGAUGACUUUGGAAGAGCAAAUUCUGAAAUCCGAAAAAAUCGUAAUAAAAUUGCGGAACUAUCAAACGAAAUCACGGAUUUCCGUAACAGUACUCUUCAGCAAUCUCGUCAAAUUGAAACUCUACUGAAGGAAAACACAGAGCAAAACUUUGUGAUCAAUGAAUUGAAGAAAGAUUUGAUUGAAGUUCAAGACAAGAAUGAUAAGUUGGAGAAAACAUUGAAUAAACAACAGAAAACGAAUAAUGAGAUCAAGAAAGCAAUGGAGCAGAUCGAACAAAAACUUACUGCAUUGGAAAAGCCUCAAAAGGUUCAAUCUGGAAACCGAAAGAGACCGACGACAACAACCAAAACAACAUUUAAACCGACUCCUUCCCCAGAAAAUUGCAAAUUGAAGAUCGGAAAUAUCUGUUAUAUUUUCGUGAUACAAAGAGUCAACUACGACAAAGCAGUUGAUAUUUGCAAGGAACGUAACGCAAAUGUUGGUUUGAUUCGAGAUGAGGAAUCUCACAAUGCGAUUAUGAAAUAUUUGAGUGUGAAUAUGCUAAAAGAAAAUGAGUGGAUCACUAUAUGGACUGGAAUCCGCUUUGAUCCAAUGACCCGUGAUGUCACACCUGCUGAUUCAUUCAUUAAAUGGGAUCAAGGUAUUCAAUUAACUGGAAUCGAUUUUAAAGAUCACACAAAUGUUUAUCUUUCUCUCAGUGCUGAUUUAAAGUUGAUAUAUCAAGGGAUGGAGAAUGCCCUUCCUAGAAUGAUAAGUCAUGGGGUUCUUUGUGAGAUCCUGAUCUAAUGAAACUUCUGCCUAGUUGUAUUUUAUUUCUCUGGAUCUGUCAUCAGUGAAAAUAUAAAUCUUUGAUUUUAAUUUGAAAUCCAUUUCAAUUAUCCACUUCAAUUACAUUGAAUUGUUGUUGAAAAUUUAUUGAGAGUUAGAUUAACAAUAUAAACAUUCUGAACAGUCAUUCGUCUAAUUAUUAUGUCUUUGUAAAUCUAC